AUGAAUCAUUCCGUCGCCGCCACCACCACCACCACCACCACCAUCGCCACCGCCACCGCUCCGCCAUUGUUGUUUAAAGAAACAUACCCAUCCACCAUGAAGAAGAAACCCCACCACCACAACAACGCUGUUUAUAUCGCUAUUGGUAUAUUACAAAGUGCAAUACUCUACAACCGCCGUCGCAUCCACCUCCACCAUCUCCUCCCUUUCAUCUCCGCCGUCGCCGGAUGUAUUCUGUUCCUCUUUGCCGUCUUAUCGUUUCUAUCACCACCGAUCAACCACCACCAUUUCCGUCAUAGUCGAAGCUUGUCCGAUCAAGAAAUCGAGGUGCAGUCAAAUGCCGGAAAGCCGACAGCUUUUCUUGUUCCGCCGUCAAGAACAGACUGGAGUGUUGGCCGGAAUCUAUGGAGGUCAAGUCAAUCGCAAUUCUACUCUGGUUGCUCGGAAAAAAAUCCAAAGUUUUUAGAAAGUAAGAUGAAAACUAAUCCCCAUCGGUUUCUAUUGAUUGCUACGAGUGGUGGUUUAAAUCAACAACGAACCGGGAUAACGGAUGCCGUGGUUGCCGCUUAUAUACUAAACGCCACCCUCGUCGUCCCAAAACUCGACCAAAAAUCAUACUGGAAGGACCAAAGUAAUUUCUCUGAAAUCUUUGAUGUGGACUGGUUCAUAUCGUACCUCUCGAAAGAUGUUAAGAUUGUGAAAGAGCUUCCCUCCUCCAUCAACGGGAGAGUCGUACAUCCAUAUCGAACCCGAGUUCCCCGAAAGUGCAAUCAAGGGUGCUAUCAAUCUCGAAUGGUGCCUCUGCUCGACAAAAGAAAGGCCGUUAUGCUUACCAAGUUCGAUUACAGGCUAUCGAAUCGGUUGGCUACGAAUCUUCAGAAGUUGAGAUGCCGAGCCAACUAUCACGCAUUGAGGUUUACCGACCCGAUUGUUGAAAUGGGGAAAACGUUAGUCCAACGAAUGAGGAUGAAAAGCAAGCAUUUCGUUGCUUUGCAUUUGAGAUUCGAGUCCGAUAUGCUUGCCUUCUCCGGGUGCUACUAUGGCGGCGGAGAUAAAGAACGACGAGAAUUACAACAAAUUCGAAGACGGUGGAAAACUUUACAUAGAAGGAACCCGGAUAGGGAACGGAGGCAAGGGAGAUGUCCAUUGACUCCCGAGGAAGUCGGGCUUAUGCUACGAGCAUUAGGGUAUGGGAGGGACAUUCACAUAUACGUGGCAUCUGGUGAAGUUUACGGAGGUGAAGAUACGUUAGCGCCAUUGAAAGCUCUGUUUCCGAACAUUCACUCGAAAGACACCAUCACAAGCAAAAACGAAAUGGCGCCGUUUUUAUCUUAUUCUUCACGUAUGGCCGCUCUAGAUUUCAUCGUUUGUGAUGAAAGUGACGUUUUCGUCACAAACAACAACGGUAACAUGGCCAAAAUGUUAGCCGGGAGAAGGAGGUAUUUUGGGCAUAAGCCAACAAUCCGACCGAACGCUAAAAAGCUUUGGCGUUUGUUUGUCGAUCGGAACAAUAUGACGUGGGAAGAAUUUGAGACGACGACUCGAGCUUAUCAGAUGGGAUUUAUGGGUGAACCGAACGAGGUCAAACCAGGCCGGGGAGAGUUCCAUGAAAACCCUGCGGCCUGCAUUUGCGAAAACUCCGAGUCAAAGUCCAAAUCAAUGAUGCAUUCAAAUCCUGAUGUCAAGUUUGAUGAGAAAAACGAUGUAGCGGAGGACGAACAUGAUGGGUUUUAUGAGGAAGAUGUCGAGAUCGAAGACAAGAGUCGGGUUCAAAGGUUGGGUACAAAAAACGAGACGGAUUUGGGUCGGAUCGGUGCUUCGGAAAGUGGUGAACUUGAAGAGAUAUUUUCCGACUAAGUAUGAAAUCUCUUAAUUUUUUGAUACAAAUGCUAUUUGGAACGGGAUAGAUUUGUUUGGUCAUUUGAAGAGAAUUUUGGAGAAUGGUAUGCUACAGAAAAUUGUAUAUAUAGGCUUUAAAAAAUUCUUGAAAUGUUAUUGGUGGAUUGUAUUCAUUUAUUAUUUCACCUAGUAAAUAUGUGUUUUUGAUUUA